GGCCGAAGGUUUGGGUUGGUUGGGCGCAUCAACACCCACGCGAGACCAGACAGACAGUGCGGCUCGCACCGCUCCACUCCACUCCACUCUCCACUUCGCUCCCAAAUCUCCUCAUCUCUUUUCUCUUUCUUUCUUUCUCCACGCGCACCGCCACCGCCACCGCCACCGUGCCGAGCCGAGACGAGGGAGAGCGGCGUGCGUGCGUGCGUAUAAAUCCAUCCAUCCGUAGGCCGUAGCCGUAGAUCCACGGAGCCAACCCGAUCCCCUAUCUUUUCCCUCCCUCCUCUGUUUCUCUGUCCCGGCGCAGGGGAGAGGCGAUGGAGAUUUUCUACUACCUUGUGUUCGGGGGCCUGUCGGCGGUGGUGGCGGGUCUGGAGCUGGGCAAGAGCGGCAAGGACCGCGUCGCCACCACCACCGCAUUCAACGCUUUCAAGAACAACUACGUCCUAGUAUACUCCCUAAUGAUGUCCGGCGACUGGCUUCAGGGCCCCUACGUCUACUACCUCUACAGCCAGUACGGGUUCGACAAGGGCGACAUCGGCCGCCUCUUCAUCGCCGGCUUCGGCUCAUCCAUGCUAUUCGGAACCAUAGUAGGCUCGCUCGCAGACAGGCAGGGCCGCAAGCGCGCGUGCAUCACCUACUGCGUCACCUACAUCCUCAGCUGCAUCACCAAGCACUCCCCGCAGUACAGGGUCCUCCUCCUCGGCCGCAUCCUCGGCGGCGUCGCAACAUCCCUCCUCUUCUCCGCGUUCGAAUCAUGGCUAGUCGCCGAGCACAACAAGAGAGGCUAUGACCCGCAGUGGCUGUCCAUCACAUUCUCAAAGGCUAUAUUCCUCGGAAAUGGUCUCAUCGCCAUUAUAGCCGGGCUGUUUGCUAACCUGCUCGCUGACAACUUGGGCUUCGGUCCCGUGGCUCCCUUUGAUGCCGCUGCGUGCUUCCUGGCGAUAGGCAUGGCCAUCAUCAUGUCUUCAUGGAGUGAAAACUAUGGAGAUCAAUCUGAAGGCAAGGACUUGAUGUCCCAGUUCAAGGUUGCCGCUAAGGCGAUUGCUUCAGAUGAGAAAAUCGCAUUGCUGGGAGCCAUUCAGUCGCUGUUCGAGGGCUCAAUGUACACCUUUGUCUUCCUCUGGACUCCAGCAUUGAGCCCGAACGACGAAGACAUUCCCCAUGGCUUUAUAUUCGCUACCUUCAUGCUGUCAUCUAUGUUGGGUAGCUCCAUUGCCUCACGCCUACUGGCCCGGAAAAUGAAGGUUGAAGGUUAUAUGCAGAUCGUGUUUGCAGUAUCAGCCUUCACCCUUUUCCUCCCAGUUGCCACCAGCCUUCUGGUGCCGGCGUCUUCAGUGAAAGGAAGCGGCAUAUCGUUCGGUGGCUCCCUGCAGCUGCUUGGUUUCUGUACCUUUGAGUCAUGUGUUGGCAUUUUCUGGCCAUCUAUCAUGAAGAUGAGAUCUCAGUAUAUCCCUGAGGAGGCAAGGAGCACCAUCAUGAACUUCUUCCGCAUACCACUGAACCUGUUUGUGUGUGUGGUGCUCUACAAUGUGAAUGCUUUCCCUAUCACCGUCAUGUUUGGCAUGUGUUCAAUCUUCCUCUUCAUGGCGGCAAUCUUGCAGAGACGGCUGAUGGUUGUGGCUGACCUACACAAGCUCUCGACAAAAUCACAAGAGAUGACCGGGGAAGACGAGCCGCUAAAUCCUUAAAAGGCCAACAGAAUCGGGAGCGAAUCAGAUACGCCAUUGAUUGAAUACUCCACCUGCCUGGGUGCCGAAUAAGAUGGAAGUGGGGAAAGCAAGAUGCUUUUUGCUUGUAAUAUUUAUUCUGUAGCGUAGAUCAAUAUUAUUG